GGGGGAAGUGCUGGGACAGUUUUAGCGAACAGAUUAAGUGAAAACACUAACUGGAACAUUCUCCUUCUUGAAGCUGGUCCUGACGAGGUAAGCAUUACAGAUAUGCCCCUAAUGUUCCCGGUUCUGCAGCUAUCACCGAUCGACUGGCAAUAUCGGACAGAACCAGGAACCAAAUAUUGCUUGGGAUUUACCGACGAGAAAUGUAAUUGGCCGAGAGGUAGAGUUCUGGGUGGAAGUUCUGUAUUAAAUGCGAUGAUGUAUGUCCGAGGAAAUAGAAAAGAUUAUGACAGGUAUAGAGAUCUAGGCAAUCCAGGUUGGGGUUAUGACGAUGUUUUACCCUAUUUCAAGAAAUCCGAAGACAUGAGAAUUUCAGAACUAAGGAAUGACAAAUACCAUGGAAAAGAUGGAUAUCUGACAAUAGAAUACUACAGGUACCGCUCCAAACUCGUAGACUGGUUUUUGGAAGCUAUCCAAGAAAUGGGCUAUCAAAUUCGAGACGUGAAUGGAGAACACCAGACAGGAUUUACGCUCACACAUGGUACUUUGAGAGAUGGUUUAAGGUGUAGUACUGCCAAAGGAUUCAUCAGACCUGUUGCGAAAAGACCAAACCUUCACGUCAGCCUUCAUUCUAUGGUUCACAAAGUUUUAAUAAAAGAAGAAACUAAACAAGCCUAUGGAGUAGAGUUCGUCAAAUUUGGGACGAGACGGGUAGUCCACGCUGACAGAGAAGUUAUAUUAAGCGCAGGCUCUCUUGGAUCUCCACAGAUGUUGAUGCUGGCUGGAAUCGGACCGGAGGAACACUUGAAUGAUAUGGGUAUCAAAGUUAUUAAACAUUCACCCGGAGUUGGACAAAAUUUGCAGGACCACAUCUCUAUAGGCGGAGUUACUUAUCUGUUUGACAGACCCAAAGAAUUGGGAGACAAACCGAUGAGUUUUCAUCUUCAAACGAUCUUUUCAACAGAAACUGUCAACGAGUUUGCAACUAAGGAACAAGGCCCGAUGUAUUGGUUACCAGUAUGUGAGGUUAUGGGUUUCAUCAACACAAAAUACCAAGAUUCAAAAGAGGAUUGGCCUGACAUACAAUUUUUUUUUGGAUCUUUCGCAGACAGCUCGGAUGGUGGUUUGUUUGGAAGAAGAGCCGUUGGUAUGAAGCAAGAUUUAUUUACUGCCCUUUAUGAAGACAUAAUAUACAAAGAAGCUUUUAGCAUAUAUAUUUUACUUCUGAGACCAAAAAGUAGAGGAAGGAUUAUGUUGAGAGAUAAAAAUCCUGAAUCACACGUUCUGAUUUAUCCUAACUAUUUUGAAGACUCUCAAGACCUUAAAGUUAUAGUAGAAGGGGCUAAAAUUGCACACAAAAUAACACAAUCAAGAGCUUUGCAAAAAUUAAACACCACAUUCAAUCCCCACAAGAUCCCUGGAUGCAAAGAUUUCGAAUUUUUGUCAGAUGAGUACUGGGCUUGCCAGGCUCAACAACUUACUUUAACCAUAUACCAUCCCACAGGAACUGUAAAGAUGGGACCAGAUCAGGAUCCAAUGGCUGUUGUGGAUCCCAGAUUAAAAGUUAGAGGUAUAUCGAAUUUAAGAGUGGUAGAUUGUUCCAUAUUUCCUUACAUUCCAAGUGGAAAUACAAAUGCUCCAACGAUAAUGGUGGCUGAGAAAGCAGCAGAUAUGAUUAAAGAAGACUGGGGAGUUUCAGAUAGCGAAGAUUCAGAGGAAGUCCUUGUAAUUGGAGAAAACACUCUUGAUGAUGAGAGAAGUAGGUCUGCAGGAAAGAAGCAAGCAAAAACCAAAUUGGAACCUGUUCUACAAAAAACUCCUGCCAUCAAAGACGCUGACUAUUGGUGA